CGCCGCACCGAUCAUGGAUUAACGCCCGCGCGAGACUCCAUCUGAAAGGUUCCCGAUGUUGAACAUGUCCACCCCCAGCGAGCUGAAGUCUCCCUGUGUGACUCGCAACGGCAUGGUGAAGCUGCCGCCGAGCCAGCCCAACGGCCUGGGCAGCGCCAGCAUCACCAAGGGGACGCCCGCCGCCAAGAACCGCCUCUGCCAGUCGUCCUCCGUCCCCUCCAUCCUGCCCCCCCCGCCGUCCUCGCUGCCCUACCACCACCACCACCACCUGGACGCCGCGCCCGCCCUGCUGGCCUCCGACCUGGAUCCCGGGAAGCCCCUGGCGGGCCUGAAGCCGUCGCUCCGGCCGCUGCCGCCGCUCACCCUGCCCAAGCCCGUCCUGCUGGAGCGGCAGCUGGUGCUGGACGAGAAGCUGCUCAACCGGCUGCUCUGGUACUUCACCACGGCCGAGAAGUGCGUGCUGGCGCAGGUCUGCAAGACGUGGCGCAAAGUGCUGUACCAGCCCAAGUUCUGGGAGGGCGUGACGCCCAUCCUGCACGCCAAGGAGCUGUACACCCUGCUGCCCAACGGCGAGAAGGAGUUCGUCAGCCUGCAGGCCUUCGCGCUGCGGGGCUUCCAGUCCUUCUGCCUAGUGGGGGUGUCGGACCUCGACAUCUGCGAGUUCAUCGAUAACUACCCGCUGUCCAAGAAAGGCGUUCGCUCGGUCAGCCUGAAGAGGUCCACCAUCACAGACGCCGGGCUGGAGGUCAUGUUAGAGCAGAUGCAGGGCCUGAUGCACCUGGAGCUGUCCGGCUGCAACGACUUCACGGAGGCCGGCCUGUGGUCCAGCCUCAACGCCCGGCUAACGUCUCUCAGCGUCAGCGACUGCAUCAACGUGGCGGACGACGCCAUCGCUGCUAUCUCGCAGCUCCUGCCCAACCUGUCGGAGCUGAGCCUGCAGGCCUACCACGUCACCGACACCGCCAUGGCCUACUUCACCGCCAAACAGGGCUACACCACCCACACCCUGCGGCUGCACUCCUGCUGGGAGAUCACCAACCACGGCGUGGUCAACAUGGUGCACAGCCUCCCCAACCUGACCGCCCUCAGCCUGUCCGGCUGCUCCAAGAUCACCGACGACGGCGUGGAGCUGGUGGCCGAGAACCUGCGCAAGCUGCGCAGCCUGGACCUGUCCUGGUGCCCCCGCAUCACCGACAUGGCCCUGGAGUACAUCGCCUGCGACCUGCACAAGCUGGAGGAGCUGGUGCUGGACAGGUGUGUGCGGAUCACGGACACCGGUUUGGGGUACUUGUCCACCAUGUCGUCGUUAAGAAGCCUCUACCUGCGCUGGUGCUGUCAGGUUCAGGACUUCGGCCUGCAGCAUUUGUUUGGAAUGAGAAGUCUUCGUCUACUGUCCCUCGCAGGCUGCCCCCUGCUGACCACCACCGGGCUGUCGGGCCUCAUCCAGCUCCACGAGCUGGAGGAGCUGGAGCUGACCAACUGCCCCGGGGCCACGGCCGAGCUCUUCAAGUACUACUCCCAGCACCUGCCCCAGUGCAUGGUCAUCGAGUAAGACCGGCAGGAACGCCGCGCCCCCACCUUCCUCCUCCUUACCUGUUCCUCACUCUUUUCUCAAACGCCAUCCUGGAUACCGAACUACUCCCACUGUACCACCGCCGAUCCCGACUAACCCGCCCCCGUGCCCCG